AGAACACCCACCCACCCCUCUUUUUGGGAGGCUUUUUAUAAAUGGUGCCCUAACUUUACCGAUGUCGGGCCGUAAUUUCUAUCGCAAAUCUUGUUCUUUUUGAUCCAAAAUUCUCCAGAUCUCUUAUCCAAAGCCUUAAUUCGGUUUGUUAUUCUUUCAAUUCGACCUAUUCUCUGUUGAUCUAUCCCAAUUUUGUUCGUCGUUGUGGCCUGGAUUCGGUUCUUGGAUUAGGGUUUCGAAGAUCUUUGUGAGGGUCUUCGACUUCGAAAGGGGUUAUACGAAAGCCAAACCAUCAAGUGAGGCAUUUAAGAAUAAUAAAUAGAUACAUUCCGUGCCACCAGCAAUUUCUCGGCGACGGUUUCGUGGGUGAGUAUGGUUCACAAGCGGCCUUUUGGCGACGAUAAUUCUGUUGAUGUUGUUUGUAAGUACGUAAGACAAGGGGAGCAUCCGGGUCAGCUUGGUUCGACUGUUCCUUCUAGAGAUGCUCCCCAUGAAGCUCAAGCACUAGGUGCAGACUUCUACGAUAAGCUUCAAGAUGUAGGGAGGCUUGGAAGUGCCUCAGUUCCUACAAUUUCAAAUGGGACUGACAGGGAAUUUGAAAAUAUUUCUUCUUCUCGUAUUCCUCACUUCUUUCUGGUUAAUAGCAGAGUUCCUAAGUCAGAUGCAGCACUUCCUCUAUCAGUUUUUCCGGAGUUUUUGGAAGAUGGACACAAGCUAAGGGCUUUAAUUCAGUCGGAUGAGAUUUUUUCAUCUGUUGUUGAUCAUCCUCCUCAGAUUUCUAUUGGACCAGAGCAUCAAGCUUAUGUUCCAGAGUGGGGCUCACAGGGUUGGACUAGCUCCUCUGAUAAGGUAUACGGAUCAGAUCCUCAAGGUCCUGUUACACAAGCUCUUGAUAAUGAUGAUGAUGGUAGCAUGGAGAAGCUGAUGGGUAAUUGUAUCAUUCCUAUGCCUGAACUGGAAGCACCAGGAAGUUGUUACCCUCAAGAUGUGGAAACAAAAAGUAAUUGUAAGUGCAUUGAUAGGGGUUCUGUCAGAUGUGUGAGUCAACAUGUCAUGGAAGCAAGACAAAAACUCAGGGAGAAUCUUGGACCUGAGAUAUUUGAGGAACUAGGCUUUUGUGAUAUGGGGGACGAGGUUGCGAAGAAAUUGACUGAAGAGGAAGAGGAAAGAUUCCAUGAGGUUGUCCUUUCUAAUCCAGAAUCUCUAGGUAGGAACUUCUGGGACCAUUUCUCUGCUGUUUUUCCUUCUCGAACAAAGAAGGAUGUCGUCAGCUAUUAUUUCAAUGUCUUUAUGCUUCGGAAACGUGCUGAGCAGAACCGAUUUGACCCACAAAACAUCGAUAGUGAUAAUGAUGAGUGGCAACAAUAUGCAGUUGGAGUAGUGCAACAAGACGAAGACUCUGUGGUGGAAUCUCCAACUAUUCAAGAUUCUCCUUCUUAUUUGGAGGACUCUGACCCUGCAGGGCAUUGCCACGGAAAUAUUGAGGAUGAAAAUGAAACUUCUAAUAACAGUGUAGAUAUUGUUACUCAUCAAAUCACAUGUGAUGAAGACUACGAGGGAGAUGUUGAAGAUAUUGCAGUUCCGCAUGUUGGGGUUUCUGCUGAUAAUGGCUCUCAGCAUUUUGGUAAUUUUAAACGAAGCAUGUAGAUAAUAAUGAUAUUGAAGAUGACUCAUGCACUUCGUUUGAGUUUCAGCAAGACAAGGUUGAUUGCUGCAGUGCUCCUGACAUAGGAACUGAUGCAAAACAUUUCAAUCUGGAGUGAUGGUGGGUGAGUACGUAUUUGUUCGGUGGGUGAGUACGUAUUUGUUCUGGCUCGAUUAUAAUUUGGUUUGCUUUAGAUGUUUGGAUGUUAAUGUGACAUGUGAAAGAGGCUGCUGAUAUUGUUACUGAUUGCCUGUGGAGUGUAGAGCAUUACAGAGGAAACUGCUAGAGCAGAUACUGGCAAAACUAAGCUGCCACUUACGGCUGGUGAAUGUAUACUGUAAUAAAAAAAAUAAAAUUCUGCAGUUUGUAGCUUACUCAUGAACUUCAAAUGUGUUUGAAGGGGGUAGUAUUGCACCAAUGUACAGUAGUUUAUUGAACUUGGUUGAUGUCCUUGGCGUUGUCAAGAAACUCCUGGGAACUUUAAUUUAGUCUGCAGGUAGCAAUAACAUUCCUGCAGGACGUAAUUUUUUUGUGUUUGUAUUCCAUAUGUACAAGCAUUUAAGCUCAAUAAACUGGGAUUACCAU